UUACGUGCUGUCGUUGAACUGCAAAAUGUUAUUUAAAAAUCAGAUUGUUCCAAUAGAAUAAUCACGUGAGAUGGAUGCCAGCCGGAACUCGAUGAAGGACAAUUUAGAAUUUUUCCUCCUUAUAGGCAAGUUGAAGCAUUUGAAGAGAACAGGCUGGGUUUUAAGAGAGAUUCCAGAAUGCGAAACUGUUGCAGGACACAUGUAUCGAAUGAGCAUCAUGGCAUUUUUGUUGGACAAAGAUGCAUGUCCAAAUCUGGAUAGAAACAAAUGCAUAAAGAUGGCAUUGGUUCAUGAUAUAGCUGAAUGUAUAGUUGGGGACCUAACUCCAUUCUGUGGCAUUAGUAAGGAAGAAAAACACAUGAAAGAAAAGGUAGCCAUGAAGAGGCUGGCAGAUUUGGUCCCAAAGAAUAUUGGACAAGAGUUUUUGGAUCUAUUUACAGAAUAUGAAGAACAGCUAACUGCUGAAGCUAAAGCAGUAAAAGAUUUGGACAAGUUUGAUAUGAUUCUUCAGGCUUAUGAAUAUGAAAAAGAAUCUCAACAUUCCACCAGCUUGCAGGGAUUUUUCGAUAGUACUGAAGGAACUUUUGAGAACUCUGCUAUUAUGAAGUGGGUUGAGGAGUUAAAAUCUAUGCGGACUGCUAGUUCUGUGCAAAAUACAGAUAAAAAGUAAAAUAUGUAGUAUUGUUCCAGUUUUAUUUUUGUUGUUUUAAUGUAUGUGU